AUGACCUCCGAGACAGCCAACGGGGAGGAGCCAAUAAUCAUUAAUUCAACAGUAUCUGUAGUAGAAUCUACAGGUCUAGCUGUUGUCGACUCGAAUCCGUCCGUUGAAAAGACACUCAACAAGAAACGCUCUUUCAUCGCUAAACUACGUGACAACGCAAAGGAGUCGGUCUCUUCUCUGCUACAUCGAGAUUCCAAUAAUACUAAUACAGCUGUGAACGGUCUAGUUACCAAGUCGCCGAUAGCUGAUAAUCUCAUCGCCGAGUCAACAACAGCGACUAGUCCAGUAGUCCCACUAGAAGAACCAACAAAGGGACUCAACAUACGUGUGCCAAGGAUACUGAGAAAAGUGCCUUCCCUCGUCGACCUCUCUGCCGCAUCUCGCAACAACCAGAAUAAUAGUGCUAUUGAUCAGGUAGCCACCGCAACAACAAACGGUACUGCCAACACUAGUACUCCCAACUCAUCAACCACAUCGACUCUAUCCGUGGCCGAAAGUAAUACAGCCACCGUAUCUGCAACUUCCACCUUGUCCGAGGAACUCAACACCACCACAACCAACAAUAAGACUCCCGAAGGAACACACACACCCGAUAGUAUAGCAUCAACACCCGUCCUCACCGAAUCAACAAUCCCCGAUUCAUCGUUACCACCAACACCACCACAGACUCGAUCAUCUCGGCCUAGACCAGUAUCCGCCUUCUUUACUACUCUGGGUAGAAGAGCAUCUAGAUUGGACUUUGGUGUAAAACCAUUCUCGCAUCCUGUAACUCCUCCGUUAUCAUCAACAACAACUUCAUCCAUGUUGAGUGUCGUAUCAUCACCUCAAGGUGAUGUAUUUGAUGCUAGUAGUCUUCAUCCGGAUGAUCCAGCUUAUGUAGCACCUUCAUCUGUACCAACUCCUGUUUCUGCUACUCUAUCGCCGCCUGCUUUGACUGAAAAGGAAAGGAAGAAUAUGAAGAAACGGUCUAGUAUGCUGGUUAUGAGUAGUGGAGCCAUGACUGGAUUGUUCCAGAAUGCCUUUAAGAGAGGUGGAGACAAUCAGAGUUUUGUAUCCGCUGCCACUGACAACACAAACGGCACAACUAAUGACUCUGGUGUUGGAGGAUUAGAUCAAGUUGGUGGUAUGGUUGGUCUUGCACCUCCUGUACCCAAAAAACGUCCCACUCCUACGCCAGCUCGACGAGGUACUGGACCCAUCAGAGUAGUGGAUGCCGAAGUCGGUCCCAACUCUUUCCAAAAGAUCAAAUUGAUUGGAAAGGGUGAUGUUGGUAAAGUCUACCUAGUGCGGCGGAAGGAUAACAACAAAUUGUUUGCUAUGAAAGUUUUGUCAAAGAAGGAGAUGAUAAAACGUAACAAGAUCAAACGAGUUCUGGCCGAACAAGAAAUUCUGGCUACCUCAAACCAUCCCUUCAUUGUCACGCUGUAUCAUAGUUUCCAGAGUGACGAGUACCUGUACUUCAUAAUGGAGUAUUGUUGUGGUGGAGAGUUCUUCAGGACACUCCAAAGUCGACCUGGCAAAUGCAUUCCUGAAAAGGAUGCUCGUUUCUAUGCUGCUGAAGUCAUUUGUGCUCUGGAAUACUUGCAUCUUCUGGGAUUUAUCUAUCGGGAUUUGAAACCAGAAAGUCACAUCAUGUUGACGGAUUUUGACUUGUCAAAACCAUCCAUAGUGCCUGGCUCACCUACUAUGGUUAAAUCUUCGUCUCCAUUCGCCAUGCUAUCGCCUACUACAUUCUCCACUACAUUCUCAUCAUCUGUAGUAGAUACUAAGUCAUGUACUGCUAAUCUUCGUACCAACUCGUUUGUUGGAACUGAAGAGUAUAUAGCUCCCGAAGUGAUUCGAGGGUGUGGCCACACAUCAGCAGUAGAUUGGUGGACGUUAGGUAUCCUCAUAUACGAAAUGUUGUAUGGAACAACUCCAUUUAAAGGACCCAACCGAAAUGCUACCUUCUCCAACAUUUUGCAUAACGAAGCCACCUUCCCAGAUUCACCAUCAACGUCACCGGCAAUCCGUAACUUGAUUAAAAAGCUGUUGAACAAGAACGAAGAUCGACGAUUAGGAUCACGAGCUGGUGCAUCAGAUGUUAAAUCGCACCCUGUAUUUAAAGGAUUGAAUUGGGCUCUCUUAAGACAUGCUCCACCGCCGCUUGUGCCUGUAGUCAAGACUGCUACGGAUACAGCCAACUUUAGACAUAUUAAUGAAUCCAUUGAAUUGGAUUUGGAAUAUGAACGAGUUGUGACGGAUAAUUAUAAUGAGUUUGGAGAUGAUCCGUUUGAUGGAUUUGAAUCAGUUACAAUCCAUCAUCAAAAUGAGGAAUCAUACUCUUCCACUCCAAUUACUUCCAGAGGUUCGUCAGCAUCAGCUAGUAGAGCAUCUGCAGGUCGAUAA